UGAGAGCAUUCCUUUGACAUUUGUAGUUGUUGGAAUUGUUUUGAGUGACUGACAAAAAGUCAAAACAAUAGAUCGUGUUUUUGUGUCGCUUGUAAGUCAACGGAUUGUUAUUAGCUUUUAUAAUCAUAAUAAAACCAUAUUUAAGUUGCCUGAGAAAGCCUUUUAUUAUGAGAAAUACACAAAUCAUUAAAAUAUACACGUUUGGCAGUGGGAAAUAAUUUGCGGGGGAAGUGAAAGCAACGACGUUGUGACGAAAGAUUCGAGAAAGCAAAACAGUUUUGUUGACGGUUGUGGAUUACUGCGGCCACGCCUGCACAUUGCACAAUGGCUGGAGAGGAACCAGAAUGGCGCAAAGUUCUUAUAGCACGCCUGCAGGAGAGGGACCGCAGACAGAAACUAAACUUUCAAGACAUCAUAGGUCAAAAUAACAAGCUGCUGGACAAUGUAACACAAUUAAAAGCGGAUAAUUUAAAGUUAUCUGUUGAGAAUGAGCAACUGCGUACGGCGCUCUCAACAGGUGGCGGCAAAGAUACCACAGGUGCACAGCUCGCCAUUAGUGCACUGGAAAAGAAGCUGCUGGCGCAACAGGAAGAAUUAACCGAGCUGCACAAAAGGAAAGGGGAAAACUCGCAAUUAAUUGUCGAUUUAAAUGUUAAAGUUGACAAACAAAACAAAAUCAUUUCCGAAAAGGAACAGACUUUGACAGAGCAACAAUCUGCGAAUAACUCAUUACGUGCGGAGGUGCAAAUGUUGAAAACAAAUCUAGAGGAACUGAAGAAACUGAAUAUGACGAUGUUGGAUGAACACACUGCGUUGCAGUUGGCUUUCAGUGCUUUGGAAGAAAAACUACGUGGAGUGCAAGUGAGUAACAAGUCGCCAAAGUACGAAAUCAAACGUGGCAGCAAAAUAUGUCUACAAAUACUCAAGCAAUUAAUUUUCAAUAUUUUUUCUUCAAGAAAAAGAUAUCAAUUAAUCAAGAAAUCAAGAUACCACAUUAUUCUUUUCGAAAUCAAGUCUUGAAAAUUUUUCGAAAGAGAACUUAUUAAUAUCACUAAUACUGCAAACUCUA